AUGCACAACAUCGAGUGCAUUGGCUGUGAGGCCUGGCUCGCCAAACUUGAUGCAGCUCGCAUCAGGUUUGAGAAGCGUGACCCAGUCGGGGCGCAAUACAAGUCGCACCGGCUGUCAAGAGAGGCAGGAUUACCCUGUCUCUCGUGGGAUGAUUCGUGUCCAGGUUGCUUGGACAACUCGAACCGUGUCUAUAGGGAGGCCUACCUCCCUAAAGAUCCCUACUGGAGGGCGCGCAUCUCUUCUGAGAUGGCCGAAGGAUUAAACACCUUGCAAUCUAUGUACUCGCGUUCGAGGAGGUCAUUAUCCGACGGCCCUUCUUCGAACGCAGCGGGUGGGUCUCGUCGUACUGCUGGACGAGAACAAGGACUUCAACAAUCAGCUAGGCACGAGGCUCCCAGCUGUCCCACGCCGGUGGAUAGCCACGCCAGCGGACGAGGUAACUCGUCCGGACGCCAUUCACAUCGCGAUGGUUCAAAAUACACCCCAUUAGGAAGCGUUGACCACCGCUUGAGUCCACCAAAGGAUGUGGUGGCGGCGGGAACACCUGAUCCGGCUCGAGGGUCGGAUCAGCUUGAUGUGCAAGCGCUGAACCGUGUAUCGGAUCAGUUGCAAGAUGACCUGGCUCACGAACGGACUCGGCGUUAUGAGACAAUUCCCCAAUGCACGAUUGUUCGGACGAUCGUGCCGCUUUUGUCUUUGCGCAACUUGAGACCGAAAGCUCGACUCGUUCUCUUCGUGACGAGCUGGCUGUAG